UGAAUGGACUUAAAAUAAGUAAAAAAUGAGGUCAAAAAUUCAAAUAGGGUUGGUGUUAUCAUGCUCUGUCGCUGUAAUUUGGCUGUUAGGGCAGCUCUACCAUCAGCUCGUGGGUUUAUAUGAGCAGAAUGGUAAUCUUACUCAGUCAGAGUACUCUUGGGUCUUCCGCUUAUUGUUAAACUGUGUAGGCUACUCAACAGUGUUAUUACCUGCUUUUUUUCUAUACAAGUAUCUUCAGCAAAUCAAUUAUUUUGAAAAAAUAUCAAACAGUACCUGGGUAUCUCGAGCACUUCACACAUUAUACGCAGAACAAAAUGAGCGAAUCCCAGACACAAUAAAACCAAAGGAGGAUGAAAAGAGGGAGAUACUAGAGAUGAUAAUCUGUUUUAGCGGCCUUAUGGGUUCCUACCUGAUCUGGGGUCUCUUACAGGAAAAAAUUAUGACACAGGAAUAUAUUUGGAAGGAUGGGUCUGUGUCCCGCUUUAACCAUUCCCAAUUCUUGGUGCUGAUAAAUCGGCUGUCAGCAUUUGCAUUGGCCUUUGGUCGUUUGCGGUGGACUGGGGAACCAGUAUUUGCAGCACCACUGUAUAAGUUUUCAUAUUGCUCGCUCACAAACAUUGUCAGUGCAUGGUGUCAGUAUGAGGCGCUAAAAUAUGUCAGCUUUCCUACACAGGUGUUAUCAAAAUCAUGUAAAGUGAUCCCAGUUAUGGUGAUGGGGAAAAUAGUCUCCCGCGCACACUAUCAGACUUACGAAUAUCUUACCGCUCUUCUAAUCUCCGCUGGAAUGGCGUUGUUCCUGUUCAGUACACAUGAAAACACACAUGCAUCAGCAGCCAUGGGUGUUUCGGGGAUUUGCCUUCUAGCGUUAUACAUGGCAUGUGACAGUUUCACCUCGUCAUGGCAGGCCGCUCUAUUUCAGCGGUACACGCUCAAACCGCUACAAAUGAUGUGUGCUGUUACACUUUGUUCGUGCGCCCUCGCCGCUGCAUCCGCCCCUCUACGCCCCGCUACGCUCACGCUGCUACGGCAUCCGAUGUUUGUAGUGGAUUGCUUGUUGCUCUCGGCCAGUUCGGCGUUGGGCCAAGUGUUGAUUUAUCGGACGAUAGCACGUUUCGGUGCUGUUGUCUUUACUAUCGUUAUGACGCUUAGACAGGCGGUGUCGAUACUAAUAUCGUGUGCGGUGUACGGUCACCCCGUAUCAUUGGCGGGUGCUGGUGGAGUUAUAGUAGUGUUCGUUGCUGUCUUCAUACGUAUACAUUGCAGGCGAAGAGCACGUAAACACACGCACAAACCCGUCUAGGAUGUACGCGUACGUAUACGUAUAAGACGUACGUAUACGGUAAUAUACGCAUUAAAGUCCCUCUGUAAGUAUUGUUUGGUCUGUAUUUAGUAAUGGUAUGGUAUGCAAAAAGAGUACUCAACAAAGUUUGAAACUCUUUGAUGUUACAAAACUUUAUGAAAACUAUUUUUAUCUAUUAUAAUAUAAUAUAUAUUAAUACGAAUGUGAAAAUAGGACUAAUGUGUUCAUUAUUAAUGUAGCCGAAAUAAUGUCUCCUAUUAGAAAAUACCCUGCGAAUAACAAUACUAAACAUGUUUUUUUAUGGAGAAGUGUGAGAGAAAGAGAGGAGAACUAAAUGUUUUUGAAAAAGUAUAGAAUUACCUGUUUAUUAUAAGCUAAAGCUACUACCAGGUAGAAGAAGACAGAUAUUAUCAAUAAAUAUUCAACCUUUGGACACAGCGUCCGCCAUUUUGUCUACUGUCUGCUAAUCGUAAUACAAAUUAGCAUAAUAUUAAUAACAAUCCCAGUGCGAUACUCAUACAUCGAAUGACUCGAAUAUAAACGUAUUUUAUUUAACUACGUAAAAUAUAUUUUAUGGACAUUUUUGUGUCUGCAUGUACAUACUCGUAUAUACGUAUUAUUAUUGCCAGUGUCUUACACUUUACUAUUAUACUUUUUGUAUAUAGUUUUAAAUAUAAAUUUUAUAAACAUAGUCUUGUUAUAUAGUAUUUAUAUCAACCUAUUUAUAAAUACCAAAAUGUUUAUUAACCUAUAUUUAUAAAAUCUCUCAGUGAAGUGUAAAUAGAAGGAUGACUUUAUAUUUUAUUAUUUAUACCAGGGACAACCUAAGUUAAAAAAAAUUAUGACGCAAGUAAAUUGCGAAGUCUUUUGCUUGUUAGUAAAUUUCAAUUAAGUAGAAUCUCGGGGUGGACAUAUUAAGCAAUCAAUUCAUUUCGUAUGUGACAGUUCGCAUUUAGUCUUUGAAUUUUGCUAAUUGUUAAUGACAGUUACUACAGAAGUUAAACGUCAUUUGAACUUGUCUCUGGAUUUUGGGUAAAACAUCAAUAAAAUACCCGUGUCUCUGUUACGUCGGAAAAUCAUUAGUUGAAAUUGUUCUAGAUUUCUAUUUAAUUUAAACGUGUAAAACUGAAACAUAUUUAACGAUUAAAAAAAAGCUCCAUCAUCAUCCACUAUUUUCUGUGUACUUUAUAUAAAAUAACAAUUAUCAAAACUAUAAGCUUAACAUUCCCACUAUACCUACACUUAGGGCCUGUUUCACAAUGUCCGGAUAAGUUCCAAAUAAGCUAUUUAUUACUUAUUGGUAGGAUAAAU